AUGGAUCAUGGUAUUGCACAAUUUUGGAGGAGCUUAAUCAAUUUUACUUGUGCAUUCUCGACUCUGGUGAAUGCUUAUUCCAGGACUAUGAAUUGCGGCGAAAGUGGGAAGCUAUGGACAACAUCAUGCGGCGCUUGUAAGAUUCUGAGAAGAAGGUGUGGAGAGAAAUGCAUACUUGCUCCCUACUUUCCACCAAACAAUCCACACAUGUUUUCCAUGGCGCACCAUGUUUUCGGAGCAAGUAACAUAAUCAAGAUACUUAAGGGUAUUCCAACUGACCGAAGAGCCGAUGCAAUAAGCAGCAUGGUGUAUGAAGCAAAUGCGCGUGUGAGAGAUCCUAUUUAUGGAUGUGCAGGGACUAUAUGCCAACUUCAGCACCAAAUUUCAGAGCUGCAAUCUCAAUUAGCAGCAGCACAGACCGAGCUGAUGGUUCUCCAUAUGCACCAAGCUAAUCUUCCAUCCUUAGUCUCAUUGUGCCAUACAUCAAAAGAAGAUGCACAACCCACCGAAAGUGACCCACAAUAUAACAAAAACAAUGAAUAUAGCAUCGAUGAAUUAUUUUCAGAUGAAAUGGGGUGCAUAAUGCUGUGGGAACCAUGGUCGACAUUGACACCAAAUGGUUUUAUUUUCUGACAGAAAGCGCAAGCUAUGUUCUACAGAGUGAGACAUGUCCACUCACGCUCUCUACAAUAUAUUUUAGCAAUAUUUUACAGUGGUGUGUUAUAGGCUAAGAAGAUUAUAGAUAUGAGUCAUGGCAUAUUAGCACAAUUAUGGAGGAGUUUAAUCAAUUUACUUGUGCAUUCAAGACUCUGGUCAAUGCUUAUUCCAGGACUGUGAGGCUUUUGGCCCCACAGUUUGAAAUGGGUGUAUUCUAGUCUUGUCCUAAGUGGACCAAACUGUGUCGAUUUGUGUUGCUACUGCUUCAAAUCUUAA